AUGAAGAGACUCUUCUCAGGUGCCAAAUCACCGACUUUCAGUGCACCUCCAAAAUUGUUUCAAAGAGAUCCAUCCAGCCCCAAAAGUAUUAAUAGUCGUCGUCUGUCAAGUACAGCAUCCAUUACAAAUUUUUUCUCAUCAAGCACAGAAUCAACUCCAAAGACUCCCUCUCGAGAAGUAUUCUUACCUCAGGAAGCAUCCAUCAAUGGAGCUGAACUAUCACCAGAAUUGGUACCCAUUGUAACUUUAUUAUCUGCUCAAACUCAUAGAAGGUAUCAUAAAGGUGUAUUCUUGAUCUUGCAAGAUUUGAAAAAUGAUGGAUCACCAGCUGAUAGAAAAUGGCAAAAAAUGUAUGGUUUGUUAUUGGGUACUCAACUAGCUCUAUGGGAUGCUCAUGAAAUUGCUGAUAAUGCAAAUAACAUCUCUAAAGAAAAUCUGAAAAAAUUAGCAUCUCAACCUACAUAUAUUAAUUUCACAGAUGCUAUAUUAAGGCCUUUAAAUUCUACCGAUGAAAUUAUUACUGAAAACAAUCAAGAUUUAACAAACGUUCUUGUCGUAUCUACCACAUUGAAAAAUAGAUAUUUCAUAAAAUUCACUGACAGGGGAUCGUUUGAUGAAUGGCAUGCAGCUAUUAGAUUAAGUCUGUUUGAAUGUAAUGCAUUACAAGAGGCGUAUACAGGAGCAUUCCUGUCAAGUAGAGGUUCCAAAUUAGGUGAUAUUCAAGUGAUCUUGGCUGAUAAUAAAUUUAAAUAUGCAGAUUGGGUAAGUGUUAGAUUUGGUGCUGGUAUGCCAUGGAAACAUUGCUAUGCAGUUAUUUCGCAAACAAGUAAUUCUAAGAAAAAUCAAUACGGUCAAAUUAGUUUUUAUGAAAGUGAUAAAAAGAUCAAUAAGAAGAAAUCCAUGGCAAAUGUGACCAUGGCUGACUCUUUAUCUGCCAUAUAUCCAUCUUCUCCCCUAUUGAUAGAUACAUCCACAAUUAUAAAACUGGAGGGGUCCAUUUCCUUCAUUAAUAAUGAUGAAGCUGAGCAUGCUUCCAUUUUCAUUAUGCCAGAGAAACAUCAGGCUGUUCCUGGUUAUGAUACAAUUAUCAGAUUUUUAAUUCCUGCCAUGAAUGCAUUUAAAUUGUAUGGUAGACCCAAGGCAUUAAUUGCAAAUAGAGAUGAUCCAAAUUCGCUACUUUUUGCUCUUCCAACUUUACCUCAUGUUCAUUAUCUCAGAGUAAUAGAUAUUUUGCCAUUCGCAAAAUCUGAGGAAAGUCUUCAAUGGACUAAUAUUGAUUGGAAAGAUAAUAUAAAGGGCUUAUUACAGGAUAAAUUAUCAAAUGGGUAUACGGGUUGCGGUUCAAACGUUAAACUACCAAAUAUGUUAUCCUCACCUACUAUUACAUCCUCUGAGUUAUUUGAAGAUUCAAGGGAACUUCCGAUUGGCCAAAUUCAAAGGCCCAUAAUGACGGGCUCAUCUUCAUCUAUAUCUACAAGUGUGGCAUUAAGUACAGAUAAGCAAGGCACGACGAGUAAUCUAUUAGCAGAUCCCUUUCAAAAUGAUUCAGUUUCGAAAUCUGCAGCUUCUAUUGCUAUGCCAAAACACCAAAGAAACAGCUCAAAAAGUAACCCGUUUUUGACGCCAACAGUGUCGGUACAAAGUCCAGAGAAAGAAUUGCCUUCAUUACCAAAGGGAAUGAUUGAAAUCCCAGACUCCAAUUUCGAUUCAUUGAAUUCUUCAUCGGGCAGAAAUUUCUCUCAGAAUUCAAAUGGUCAAUCAUCUGACUUAGGUGUUGUUUAUGAUAGAUAUACUAGUGCCCCCUUCGGAAACACUAUUGUUGAAGAAAACCAAGACAACAUUGUAUCACAAAAAAUCUACCUUGACGAAGCUUCUUCAAUGAAGAUAGCAGAAAGUCCUUAUGAGACGUAUGUUGGGAACUCAACAAGAAACAAAACAUUUCAAAUACCAAAUAUUAGAGAUUCUGUUGACACAACAAACACUGAGGAUUCAAUAGAUGUGGAAGCGUCUGUCUCAGCACUUACCAGUCCUCACGAUUACAUAGGAGAAGAAGAGGAAGAGGAUGAUAUGGGUGCUGAAUUCAGUUCCACUAUUGACGAGUUUGAUGAUUUAGCACGCAAAAUCAAUGAUAUUGAUAUUGAUAUCGGAAGUAUAACUUCUGAUAAGACUUCAAGGAGGGUGGAAGAUGAUGAGUUUCAUGAUUUGACGACAGAUUUGAAUUUGGAUGCGCCAAUCUCUGUAAAUAACAUGAUAAUGCAUAAUGGGGAUGAAGAAGACGAUAAAAAUGUCUUCGAUCCUGACUUUGUUGAGCAAAAUCAAAUGAUAGAGAAUGAAAGUCUCUAUACAAAUGAGAACCAAUAUAAUGGGUAUUCAAAUAGUGGAGACGUAACCUCUGAUAAAACAGUUCGUAAAUCUAGAAAUCCUAGUAUGCCUCAUUCUCCCUCUGAUCAUAACCUAACACAAUACACUCAAAAUGCCGGAAGAGCAGCAGGCACUCGACAACCAUACCAAAUUUCCCCAAAUAGCAUGUACCAACAGCAUGAAUACAAUAAAGGCCUUUCUCAGGUUAACCCAAGCAUGAAUGUACCUCAUAUGCAACCUAAUCGGAGACAACCUGUUCCAAAUAUCGCAAAUGACCAAUUUAAUAGGCAACAGAUUGGACUAAAUACAACAAAGGGUUUUUCACAAUAUAUGCCCUCUGGUAAUACUGCUCGUAACCCAUAUUCAGAAUAG